AUGUAUUGUAGAAGUAAAUUACCAUCUAAUUUAGAAGUAUUGAAGACUUUGUUUUUUAAUUUAAGAGUCGUAAAAUUGAAUCUUCGUGAAAGUGCUAGAUUAAUUAUUCGAGAAGUGUUUGUUUUUUGGGAAAAAGCCCGUAUUCCAGUAAGAUUAGAAAAACACUGUAUAUCUAAAGUUGAAUCUUUAUACGAUGAGUGGAGAACACUUCAAAAGCAUGCCACAAGAAAUACAGAAAGUCAUAAGGAACACGAAAAACUGUUUAUUUCAACAUUUAAUGAUUUAUUUUAUGUAACCCAUGUUGAUGCUCUACAAAUUAUGAAAAUCGAAACAGAUAGACUAUUUUUAAUAAAUCAACGAAAAAAAGGACGUAUAGGAUUUAUGUAUGGCAUUGAUUAUACAAAUAUGCGAAAAGAGCAACUUUCUAUGGAAAGAAAAAAUAAAACAUUUGUAACAGAAAAGCGAAGUACCCAAUCUGAAGACAAUUUAAUGGAAAUAGACAAAAUAUCAAGUGACUUAGAGAUAGACGACUUUUCUAGUCACUCAUAGAUGGACGAAUCUUUU